AUUGGUAUGAAUGAAAAUUAUGUAUAACUACGUUGCGAUGGAACAUAUUAUGAUAUAAAAUAACUGGAAUAUCGAUCCGUAAAAAUAGCGAAUUCGAUCAAUAAAGACAGCAGUACAGGUGCAGGUUGAACGUAAGUAUCAACGAAACAUGGCUGGUAUGCUGUUAAAAAGUUUGCACACUUUGGAGGCAUUAGACGAACCAACAGCAAAGUGGAACGUCCCUUUAAACGAUGGAAAUCAUGUAAUAGAAUUCGAACAUGGUACAGCGACUGGUCGUCGAUUGGUAAGAAUAGAUGGGAAAGAAAUAUUCCACAGAGAUUGGAUGUUCAAUCUUGUUGGAGACGAAAUCUUCAUGUUCAAUGGUAACAAAUUCGUAAUUAGAAUCGAUCCAAUUCCUGGUUUAAAAUAUUCUUACACAUUGUGGGUGAACGGCAAGACUUACAAACAUUUUGUGAGAUCGCAGUCAAAAAUUUUGGAAACCUGGUUGGCUAAAGUUAAAAAUGAAGAAUAUAGAAUAGUGCUGGAUAAGCAAACGCAGAACGUUUGGGUUAACAGAGAACAGAUUGAAACAGAGAAUGAAUUUACCGACGAUGGGGCAGAAAUUCUAUUCUCGGUAGGAGAUAUUCCAGCAACAAUUAGAACUUACAGUUCUGGACAAAAAGAUAUUGGAAUAAUAUAUUCUUUGUACAUCGAUGACAUAGAGAUCGAGAAAGAAGCUCUUCUAAAAGAAGAUGAAGAAAUAUAACCCGAUAUAUGAUGAAUUUAUUUGAUAAUUAAAUGUUUUUAUCGUUUCACGUACCAUAAGAAUUUAUCACACAUUGUACAUAAUAUACAACGAAUCACUAUACACGAUAAAAUCAUCGAAAUGAUUUAAUUAGUAACUGUGAAUCAAACUUUGCAAUUAAAAUCUUGAACACAGUAAAAGAAGAAAAUUGCAGUUUUAUUCAGGUCAUAAAUAAUAAAAAUUCUAACCCUAGUUCUAUUUUCAUCCCAGAUUUUUCCCCGGAUUUAUUUAAACGAAUAAUUAAUCACAAUGUCUCUGUCAAUACGAGAAAGUAUUAUCAGUAUCGGAUCUCGAAUGCUCCAAAGACACAUAGAGGAAGACAUACAUUACGAUGUUAUGACCAUCGACGAGUUGCAGGAAAUGCGAGAAAAUUUGUUGCAACAAAUCUGGAUGUUGACUUUAGAGAACGAUGUUUAUGAACGAUACUUGACGCGUCAGGAUCCUCACAGUCUAAAAGGUAAAGAGUAAUUAUUCACCCCUUGAAAACAAAUAUCAAUGAAAUUAAACCAAUCUCGCAAAAUUCACGAAACGAUAAAAA